UAUAAGCUAUUCUCACUUUCAAAGCAAAACCUGUCGUCAGGAAUCAAACUUGAAAUUUCAGAUUAAGAAUGAAAGCACAUAUACCACUUCACAAAACUUUUUGUAUUAGCUCGUGUUACCACAUGACCAUAAGUCCAUGACACAACGUUCUCUCUAUUAUAAAGUGAUGAAACCAACAAAGUUUGUUGCAUUAUACUCACUUCCCUCUCUCUCGAAAAAUUAGAGAAACUCACAUAUCAAACUCUCUCUGCUCAUACGAUCCUACUUUGUUUCCGAUAACAUGAAAACAUUCAAGUUACUCAAAUGCUGGCCCAAUGCUGACCCAGCCAAUACGUCCACCGUUGUUGAUACUGAUACUACUGUCCCUUAUUUUGAUUCUGUUAAGAAUCUCAUCUAUGGAAUCGAUUAUGUAACCAACACGAAUGAAGAAAUCCAUGAAGACUCCUUCGAUCUGGUGUUCACAGGACCUGAUGGACACCCUAAAGUAGAAUAUAACCCCAAAUCAGCUAAGCAGGGGGAGAGAGGUGAAUUUGAUUCUCCAAUUGACUCACACUCGAAGUCUCAUUCUCCAGUCACCGUGCUUCGAUCAGGUACUAAGUUUCGUGUCUUCUUUUUGGGAUUCAAGAAAUCAAAUCCGGAGAAACAGGUCAUUAUUGAUAUUGAUUCUACUACCGCGAAUCAAAAACAUUUGCCCAGAGGCAACAGUUUAAGAAGCAAACUGGAAAGAGAGAGAGAGGAGGAAUUCUCAGUUGACGAUAACUCGUCGUCUAAGCAAUUUGCUAGAGCUGCUGAACUGCCCAAGUUUUUCAAGUUGGUUAAGCUGAGGAACUCCAAAAUGUGCACAGACAAAAUUAGAGUAUCAGAUCAGGUUUCAACAACAUUGCGUUCAAUCAGUUCAUCGAGAAAGCCAAUGGAAGAGAAACAGUUGAACAGAGUUGCUGCAUUUGGAGCUGUCUGUAAGCACGUAAUGAAGAGCCGAUCGACGGCUUCAUCCUUCGCUGGAGUUCCGAUGAAUCGGAGAGAUGACUCACUGCUGGAGAAAAAUGAUGGGAUUCAAGGUGCUAUUCUUCACUGCAAGAGAUCGUACAGCACUGCAUCAAAAG